AUGGGCUCCCUAAGUCUCCCCCGUCUAUACAUCCUUGAUACAGACCUCAUCAACUUCCCCAAUCAAAACAACGGUCGCAUUCUAUCAUGCAACACCGAUGGCUCAGACCUACGCACAAUCUUCGACAACAUGUCCACCAUGCCUGACGGCAUCGCCAUUGACCACAACAAUGGCUGGAUAUACUGGACAAACAUGGGUCCUACCUUCAAGUCAAACGAUGGCUCCAUCGAACGCUCGCGACUAGACGGCUCCGAGAGAACAACCAUCGUCGACUCAGGAACAAUCGGUGUCCAUACUCCAAAGCAACUUUCCAUCGCGACCAAGAGUAGGAAACUUUAUUGGUGCGACAGAGAAGGUAUGAAGGUUAUGCGCUGCAACCUCGAUGGAUCUGAUAUCGAGGUCCUUGUUUCUACUGGAUCAACAGUUGAAGACAAGAAGGAUAUGUCUCGAUGGUGUGUAGGCAUCACAGUCGACGAGGCGAAUGGCUACUUCUAUUGGUCCCAAAAAGGGAACCCCAAGGGAAGCCAAGGUCGCAUCUUCCGCGCCAAGAUCGACAACCCAUCAGAAGUCCAAGUUGUAUUCAUCAACCUCCCCGAACCCAUCGACCUUGAGAUCGACGAGGAGACCCAAACAUUAUACUGGACCGACCGAGGUGAUCCUCCAAAGGGCAACUCGCUCAACCGCGCCUUUGUUGGUGGAACGCCCAAGGCUGAUGCCUCCGAGCGAGAGAUUCUAGCUAGGAGAUUGCAUGAGACAAUUGGCCUUGCGCUGGAUAAGAAGGCUUCGACAGCAUAUGUAACGGAUUUGUCCGGUGGUGUUUACGCAGUCGAUUUAAAGACAAAGACGAAGACUGUCUUGUUCGCGGAGUUGGGAGAUCUCACUGGAAUUGCUCUAGCAUAA